GCGGCCGCCGGGCAGCCAUGUCGCCUUUGUCUGCGGCGCGGGCGGCCCUGCGGGUGUACGCGGUGGGCGCGGCGGUGGUCGUGGCGCAGCUGCUGCGCCGCCGCCUCCGGGGCUUCGCAGAGCCAGGUCGUCCCGAAUGAGCGGAGGCCCGGCCCGGGUGGCGCGAUGGAGGCCAAGAGCCUGGAGGGCGCGCAGACCGAUCUCAAGCUGGUGGCGCAUCCGCGCGCCAAGAGCAAAGUGUGGCGCUACUUCGGCUUCGACACGAACGCCGAGGGCUGCAUCCUGCAGUGGAAGAAGAUCUACUGCCGCAUCUGCAUGGCCCAGAUCGCCUAUUCGGGCAACACCUCCAACCUGUCCUACCACCUGGAGAAGAACCACCCCGAUGAGUUCUGUGAGUUUGUCAAGAGCAACACGGAGCAGAUGCGCGAGGCCUUCGCCAGCACCUUCUCCAAGCUCAAGCCCGAGGCCGCGCCGCCGAGCGCGCAGGAGCCGCUGGCCGCCAAGGCGGCGGCGGCGCACGGCCACGAGGGCCGCAAGCAGCAGGAGCUGACGGCCGCCGUCCUGAGCCUCAUCUGCGAGGGGCUCUACCCCGCGUCCAUCGUGGACGAGCCCACGUUCAGGGUGCUGCUGAAGACGGCCGAGCCGCGCUACGAGCUGCCCAGCCGCAAGUUCUUCUGCGGCAAGGCCAUCCCCGAGCGCUACGGCGCCGUGCGCGACGCCGUCCUCAAGGAGCUGGCGGAGGCCGCGUGGUGCGGCGUCUCCACCGACCUGUGGCGCAGCGAGAGCCAGAAUCGGACCUACGUGACGCUGGCCGCGCACUUCCUCGGCCGCGCGGCCCCCCAUGGCCUGUUCCUGGGCUCUCGCUGCCUCAAGACCUUCGAGGUGCCGGAGGACAACGCGGCCGAGACCAUCACGCGCGUCCUGUACGAAGCCUUCAUCGAGUGGGGCGUCAGCUCCAAGGUCUUCAGCGCCACCACGGACCGCGGCAAGGACAUCGCCAAGGCGUGCUCGCUGCUGGACAUCGCGGUGCAGAUGCCCUGCCUGGGCCACACGUUCGACGCGGGCAUCCAGCAGGCCUUCCGGCUGCCCCGGCUGGGCGCGCUGCUCGGCCGCUGCCGCAAGCUGGUGGAGUACUUCCAGCAGUCCGCCGUGGCCAUGUGCAUGCUGUACGAGAAGCAGCGGCAGCAGGGGGCCGCCCAGCGCAUGCUGGUCAGCAACCGCGUGUCCUGGUGGGGCAGCACGCUGGCCAUGCUGCAGCGCCUCAAGGAGCAGCAGUGCGCCAUCGCCGGCGUCCUCCUGGAGGACAGCAACAACCACCACCUGAUGCUGGAGGCCGCCGAGUGGGCCACCAUCGAGGGCCUGGUGGGCCUCCUGCAGCCCUUCAAGCAGGUGGCCGAGAUGCUGUCCGCCUCCAAGUUCCCCACCAUCAGCAUGGUGAAGCCCCUCCUGCACAUGCUGCUUAGCACCACGCUCAACGUCAAGGAGACGGACCCCAAGGAGAUCAGCAUGGCCAAGGAGGUGAUCGCCAAGGAGCUCUCCAGGACCUACCAGGAGGCGCCCGAGGUCGACAUGUUCCUGAACGUGGCCACCUUCCUGGACCCGCGCUACAAGAGGCUGCCCUUCCUGUCCGCCUUCGAGAGGCAGCAGGUGGAGAGCAGGGUGGUGGAGGAGGCCAAGGGGCUCCUGGACAAGGCCAGGGAGGGCGCCUGCCGCGCCCCCGAGGACCAGGGCUACGCCGUGCCCGAGGAGCCCCCCGUCAAGAAGCCGGCGCCCCCCGCCACGCCCCCGCCGCCGGCCAGCGUCAUCAACGACAUGCUGGCCGAGAUCUUCUGCCCCGCGGCGGGCGCGGAGGGCCAGGAGGAGUGGCGUGCGCAGGCGGUGGAGGAGCUGAGCAACUUCAAGUCGCAGAAGGUGCUGGGCCUCCACGAGGACCCCCUCAGGUGGUGGUCGGACCGCCUGGCGCUCUUCCCGGUGCUGCCCAGGGUGCUGCAGAAGUACUGGUCCGUGGCGGCCACGCGCGUCUGCCCCGAGCGCCUCUUCGGCUCCUCGGCCAACGUGGUCAGCGCCAAGCGCAGCCGCCUGGCCCCCGCGCACGUCGACGAGCAGAUCUUCCUGUACGAGAACGCGCGCGGCGCCGAGGCCGAGGCCGAGCUGGAGGACGAGGAUGAGGGCGAGUGGGGGCUGGGCCACGAGCAGGCGUUCCCUCUGGGCGCCGUGCACGCCGGCUACUUCGGCGUCAGGGACAGCGGCUUCGUGUAGCGGGGGCGGCGGGGCGGGGUGGGGGUGGGGGGACACCGCGCGUGGGCGCCUCGUCGGACGCUUGGCUGUCGGUACUGACCCCGCCGGUGGGCGCGCUGCCCGGGAC